GUAUGCACCAUUUCCGACUCAAUGGUAGAUCCUUGCAAACCUGAACCAGCGAUUGUAAUUGUGGGUGGAGGCAUAGCUGGUUUGUCUGCAGCGCAACGUUUGAAUCAAUGCGGCAUCAGUAAUUUUAUGGUACUGGAAGCUACAGAUAGGCCCGGUGGCAGGAUUCACUCCUGCUGGCUAGGGGACGUCAUCGCAGAAAUGGGAGCGCAAUAUAUACAGGGUGGUUGUCCUGCAAAUCCUAUUUACAAUUUGGCCUGCCAGGAGGGGCUGUUGGCGCCUCCGCUGAAGAGACCCGAUCCGACAAGAGGAAUUUAUUAUACGAGCGACGGAAGAGCGGUCGAUAUGCCCGUUAGUAUAACGGCGUAUCACACUUUCAAACAAAUUGAGCAGGAGGCGGGAAUGUUGUUUGGAAUGGGCAUUGGCAAAGAACACGGAUCCUUGAUGAACUUUUUCAGUAUGCGAAUACAGCAGGAACUGCAGAAUUUCUCUGAAGACCAAAGAUACGAUGCUUCUCGUGUCCUAUAUGGCUUGACAAAUUCACUGAGGGCGCGUUGCGGUGACGAUCUGAGUGUUGUUAGCGCAGAUAACUUUGGGAGCUACAUUAAUAUUCCUGGUGGGAAUCUUAGAAUUCCCCUUGGGUUUGUGGGUGUUUUGGCUCCGUUACUGCGCGAACUUCCCGAUUGCACUUUGAAGUUCUCCAAACCUGUGGCUACUAUUAAAUGGGGCGCAGUUCAAGAGCGUUCAGGUGGACCAAGAGCCAAAGUUAUAUGCUGCGACGGCGAAGAAUACUGCGCUGAUUAUGUGCUGGUCACAGUGUCUUUGGGUGUAUUGAAAAACCACGCGGAUAAAUUAUUCUGUCCGGCAUUACCAGCGGAAAAGAUGGAAGCUAUAAACAAUUUGGGCUAUGGUCACGUAAACAAGAUAUUUUUGGAUUACGCUAAGCCUUUCUGGGUGUGGUCUGAGGGAGGGAUUAAAUUUGCUUGGUCUGCAGACGAAUUGAACAAUCGGUGCGACUGGACACGAGGAAUAAGUUCGAUUGAGGAGGUCGAAGGCAGUAAGCAUGUAUUGUGCGCUUUCAUAUCUGGACCGGAAGCAGCAAAGAUGGAGCAAGCAAGCGACGAGGAAGUGGCCGAAGGGGUGACCAGAGUCUUGAGACAGUUCACCGGCGAUGCUUCUUUGCCGUUCCCGAAUUCCAUACUUCGUUCUAAAUGGGCCAGCAAUCCAUACUUUUGCGGAUCAUACAGUUAUAUUGGAGUCAGUUCAUCCGUUGGACAUCAGUGUGAUUUGUCUUGUCCUUUGCCUGGACCCUGUGAGCCUGUGCCACCCAUCUUAUUGUUCGCCGGGGAAGCGACGUGUGCUGGACACUAUUCAACCGUUCAUGGUGCAAGAUUGAGCGGUAUUAGGGAAGCGGAAAGGAUUAUUCAACUAACUAAAAAACACGGAGGUCCACCUCCAAAGUAA